AUGCCGAAAUCAAGCGACCUUCGUUGGCGUGCUGUCACCCUCGUUCAUGUCUACGACGUAGAAAUGUCCAACGUGGUCAGUGUUCUGGGCGUGUCAGUGCGCUCCGUGCAGAGAUGGUAUGGUUGGUUUCAAAGUAGAGGAAACGUUGAGGGAGUUGGGAGGAAGCAGCGUACAUCACGAUGGCCACCAGAGGUGUGUCGUUAUGGACGAGACAGCUAA